AUGAGGCACAGGCUCAUGGUGACCUCGGAUUCUCUGCUGGUGAUCGAAUUGAAAUCAUUCACCGAACUGACAACCAGAAUGAGUGGUGGACUGGGCGGGUCGAUGGCCGAGAAGGCCAAUUUCCUGCUCAGCCCUAUGGAAAUGGUAACAUCGAGCCGAUGCUACCUUGGACCCGGCGAUCAUGCUGGGGGUGAGACCACUCCAAUCCGACAAUAA